UUCUGAAUACACCCCAACUCUUCUGGUAUUUAAGUGCCUGCACUUCUUCCGCCUACCGUAUCCCUUGGGCUUUGUAUCCAAGCAGCUGGAUUGCUGGGCCUCAGCUGUCCCAUGGCUCCUGCUCUUUUGCCUGCCCCCCUUCCUCUGUGUUUGUGUCUGCUGCUGGCAUCUGGCUUUGCCCAGGCAGGCAAGCUGCUGGUGGUGCCCAUGGAUGGCAGCCACUGGUUUACCAUGCGGUCGGUCAUGGAAAAACUCAUCCAGAGAGGGCAUGAAGUUGUGGCUGUCAUGCCAGAGGUGAGUUGGCAACUGGGGAAGGCAUCCAACUUUACAGUAAAGACUUACUCAACUUCUUACACUAUGGAGGACUUGGACCGUGAAUUCAAAUUUUUUCUUGACACUCAAUGGAAAACCCCAGAACAAAGUAUGUAUGGUCUAGCAAUGGGUUCAUCCAAAGCGUUUUUUAACAUCACUUUUUCACGGUGUAGGGAUUUGUUUAAUGACAAGAAAUUAGUGGACUUGUUAAAGAAGAGCUCUUUUGAUGCAGUGUUUCUGGAUCCUUUUGAUAUGUGUGGCUUAGUUGUUGCCAAAUACUUUUCACUUCCAUCCGUGGUCUUAGCCAGGGGAGUGUUCUGCUUUUACCACGAAGAAGGUGCUCAGUGCCCCAGUCCUCUCUCUUAUGUUCCCAGACUUUUCAUGAAGGUUUCAGAUACCAUGACUUUCAAGGAGAGAGUAGAGAACCAUAUAAACCGAUUGGGGGAGCUUUUAGUUUGCCCCCAUUUUUUCAAAACUGCCUUGGAAAUCGCCUCUGAAGUUCUCCAAACUCCUGUCACACCAUAUGAUCUCUUCAGCCAAGUAUCCAUUUGGUUACUACGAACUGACUUUGUUUUGGACUAUCCCAGACCUGUGAUGCCCAACAUGAUCUUCAUUGGUGGAAUCAACUGCCAUCAGGGGAAGCCACUGCCCAAGGUACGUUGUGUCUCCUCUGGCACACAGAGGAAAACUGGCUUUGGGCGUUAAGAAAGAUUCCUUACU